UCUCUCUCUCUCUCUCUCUCUUUCUCUCUCUCUCUCCGUGGACGAGCAUCCAUUCUUGCGUCUGGUAUUCAAUCGACUGAGCUCUCGACGUCGGUCCUCGACCUCCAUCAAACUCAAUCUCCGGCUUUUUUGUCGAAGCUGUGAUCUCUCUCUCUCUCUCUCUCUCUCUCUCUCUCUCUCUCUGUGUCGGUGCUGUAUCCGUCGAGGAUGCAAGGAGGAGAAGAAGAGCUCAGCAUAGAUGAGCUCGCCUCGAACCUCUCCAUUUACAAGGAUCAACUCCAGCAGGUUAGGCAGCUUUUGGCUGAUGAUCCUGGAAACGCAGAAUAUGCUGAUAUGCAAAAAGAACUUGCAGAGGUAAUUGCCUUAACGGAAGAACUUCUUGCAACUGCAAGACAGAAUGAGAUUUCUGCAUCAGAUAUUGGUGCAAGUACCAGUGAAUCUCUUGGCAUAUCCCAAACCGAGGGGCUGGUAAAUAAUAAAUCACCAGUGGAAGGUUUUCCUGAUCAUCAUGAGAGGUUUCCCAUUGGAUCUAAAGUUCAAGCUGUUUGGAGUGAAGAUGGGGAAUGGUAUGAUGCAACCAUUGAGGCUUACACUCCAAAUGGAUAUUAUGUUACAUAUGACAGUUGGGGAAACAGGGAAGAGGUGGACCCUGAUAAUGUCAGGGGAAUUGAAGAAAAACCUGUAGAUGCUUUGCUGGAAGCUGAGCGUGUUGCUGAAGCUACAAAACAGGCUAUCAAGCGAAAGAUUGCACAAGCUGCAACUGUUGAAUUCCAGCCAAAGACAUUGCCAGCAAAGCUUCGUAUUGCACCUGAAGACCCUGAGGAUGUGAAAGCAGCAAAGAAGAAGAAGAUACAUGCUUUUAAGUCAAAGGUGAGGUUGGAGGAACGUGAGGCUGCGCAGAAUAAGAGGCAGAAUGCGUGGCAGCAGUUUCAGACAACCAAAGGCAGGGCCAAGAAGGUUGGGUUCUUCUCGGGGAGGAAGCGGGAGAGCAUAUUCAAGUCUCCCGAUGAUCCCAACGGUAAAGUUGGGGUGACGGGUAGCGGGAAAGGCUUGACAGAGUUCCAGAAGAGGGAGAAACACUUGCAUCUCAAGGGUGCUAACUCCGAGACGAGUGAUGACGGAGGACUUUAGAUAGUUCCUCAAAACCUUCGAGCUUUUUUGUCUUUUAACUUUUUAUUAUUAUUAUUAUUCCUUUUUUUUCUCCCUGUUUGUCUAGCUAAGUCUUUUUCAUUAUGGAGCAAAUUAGUAAGCAUAAAGUUGAUUUAUCUCCCUCUGCUGGACUUGGAACUGUACAAAUCAUGUCAAGACAUCUUCGUUUACUAUUAAAGGGUGUCAUGAUAUUUGUGGCGUUA